UGGAUCAGACGGAGGUUCUGUUCUUUGCUGCUGUUGUGUUGGAGUGAAAAUAGAACAUGAGAAGACGAGCAGGAGAACAGGAGACUGCGACCUAGGAGAACACAUUCAGGAUGUCAGGUGAUUGGUCCAUUCUGAGGUUGUCGCCACUGUCUCCACCCAGCAGCUAUGUAGCGCCACCCCCUAUAAACAUAUCUCAGCCCCGCCCCCUCUCAGACUGGGAGGCUCCCAGUUUCACUCAGGCUGCUCAGUUCCGUGUCAUUGCCACCUUGGUCCUCUUCCUGUUUGCUGCCUGCAGUAACCUGGCCCUAUUGGCCAGUGUCUGGUGUGGGCGUGGCCGGCGGCUGGCAUCUCACUUGCGCCCGCUAAUGCUGAGCCUAGCAUCGGCUGACCUGAUGAUGACAUUCGUGGUGAUGCCUCUGGACGCAGUGUGGAACAGGACGGUGCAGUGGUACGGAGGAGACGUGCUCUGUAAACUGCUUUGCUUCCUGAAGCUGUUUGCCAUGCAUGCCUCGGCCUUCAUCCUCGUUGUCAUAAGCCUUGACCGCCAGCACGCCAUCCUGCACCCGUUGGAUGCUUUAAGCGCUCACCGCAGGAAUCGACAAAUGGUUCUGAUGGCCUGGAGCCUUAGCCUGCUGCUCGCAUCACCACAGGUAGAUAUCUUGACAUUUUUCUUGUGUUUUCUGUGUGUUUGACGUGUUUGAUGUGUUAGCUGUGU